UGUUAAACGAAAAACCAAACUCAAAUAAGCUCUUUUAAAAAGCAGAUUUUAUCGUUUUAUCUUUGACCGAUUUUACUAAGAUCUUAUGUGAACGAAGAAUAUAAGAUAAAGAUGCUGAGAUCAUCUUUGUUAGAGAAUCCAGAGAGUCCUUUGCGUUCAAAUCCUUGGUCAUCAUCUUCAACUUUCGUUGAUGUUGGUUCUUUGCAGAGAGUUAUUUCUUUAGCAGAGAGAACAGGACACUUGGAAAGAAGGUCAGAUGAAACUGAAGAAAUCACAAGGCGAGCAUCUCUGACAUCGACAUCAAUACAAAUGAUAACAAUUCUUAAGGAUAUUACAAAACUCGGACAUGCACUAAACAAGGUUAAUCGAGAGCUCCAGAAUCUAAUCAGGAAUGCUGAGACGCAAGACGUGACUGACAUUGAUACAUUAGGGCAAAGAGCACAUAAACUGGAGAAGAUGGCAUCACAUUUAUCCUCCAUUGUUGAGAAAAAGGAUGACCUUAUUGCUAGACUUCAACAGCCUUUCAUUGGGGAAUAUCUUGAGAUGGAUUCAGCAUAUCAUUACUCUGUGUCUUCAUCACUUCCAAGGAUUGCAACAUGUCUAGCAACUUUACCAGAACAUUUAGAAAACCUUGAAUGGGCCAAAAGAUUCUCCUUAACUGAUGGACAGCUGGAAAAUGUCCUUGUUGGUAUUGAAGCGUCUUUUGCAGAUCUUCAAAAUCAUUUUCGAGCAGUAAUAAAAGGAAGAAAAGCGAUGGAAAAGCUUCAGAACAUUACUAUAAAAGAGAACUCUCUGCCUAACAAGGAGAAUAAUUAAGGAAGGCAAUAUUCCGAGAAAUUACUUCAGCACAACAGAAAGAUUCUACUAACUCCAUGACAAAAUAACACAGCAAAUCGUUAAACUUUUUCUUUUUUUCUUUUCUUUUUUUUUUUUUUUUUGUGCAACACUCUGUGGCAAAGGUACUUUCUUUCUCAAAACUUUUAGCACCAAAUAAUUUUUUUGCCUAUGAAAAAGAGUUAUAAGUACGAUUCUAAAGAAUCAGGACAAUUAGAAAAAAAGCUGGGUUUUUUACCAUUGGGUUACCGUAAGGUUUUCAACUUUAAUGAAGCAGUUCUGCUGUUGCCUGUCGCGACAAAAAGAUUAAGAUUAACACUUUUAAGACGAAAGCGUCAAAGGAUUUUAUUGUGUGCGUAAAAUAAAUCCUGGUGAACUUCGCUCAAAGGACCGGAGAUUAGCCUUUAUUCAACUAUUCGAAAAUUCACCAAGUUUAUCUCGAACGAGUUCAAAAGUCAUUCAAAACUGACGGCUUUUUUAUUGGUUUAAAAAAAUAAUUUCGGAAGCCCUGCAGGAUUCUUGCUUUGAUGUGGGAGAAAAAACCACUUUUUAAAUAUCUUCGGACUUAAUGUAUUAAUAAAUUAAUGAGACUUAUCCUUCUCUUGUUAGUUUAGCAGUGUCAGUGAAUAAAUCAAGACGAAAUAAUUUCUUUACAAAUAAUUCGUCUGAUAACUUAUAUUCAUUUGCUCGGCCCGACACAGACAUAGUUUUUUUAUUCCUCUUUUCUUGAAAUUUUUGCUAUUCGUCCUUUAACUUAAAGGUAUAGACAAAAGUUUUGAAAUUUUGACUUUUUCCCUUACCUUUUGGGCAAAAUUCUUCAAUUUCUGGAAUGCAUAUGUUGAUAAUUUUCAGUGCUAAUUUAUUUUUUCGGCAACCGACAGCAAGAAAACAGCUUUAUGGAGCUUACGAGGCAAGUUAUAAUUCAUUCGGAAAGGGAUUCUGACGUUGAACUGACAAUGAAAGAACUAGAACUUGAAGUAGAAGACCUGAGUCCUGCAAGAACUACAAAAAAUAGCGAAGGAAAAGCUAAAAGACUUCGUCGAACAUCGUCAUUUAUUGAGAGAAACAAAAGACAGUUUAAAUUUCGAAGAAAAUCUUCAAGGACUACCAGUACCGGUUCUCUUCUUAUUACAGGAACAUCUAGUCGGUUUCAUACUAUAAAGGAAAGGUUUCAAGAACGAGUUUUGGGAAAAAAUUCAUGCAAGCAAAAUGAGAGUUAUUCUACGAAAAGUAAUCAAACUUGUGACAAAGGUGGCUCAAACAGGACGAAUAAACCGAACUCUAAAGAACUUCACAAAAAAGGACAAAGCUCCAGAGAAGAACACACAGCAUUAAACGAAAAAGAAUAUAACUUUUUACCAAAUAUUUCAAAACAGGCAGAUUCCAGCGCUCAAGAACGAAUCGAAAAGGAUUUCAAAUUGGGAACAAAAGAACGCGGACACUCAAGAAAAAAGAAUUUGAAACCAACUGCUUCGUUUAAAACUUCUUUACCACCGAUAGCGGAACAUUAUGAAAUUUUACCUAGAACAGAAGAAAAUAGACUUGUAGUCUAUCGUACUCCAACACCGUUACCUGUUUUGAAGUAAUUGGGAAGAAAAAGCGGGGAAUCCAACAGUACAAAAAAGAAAAAUUGUACCGCAUAGGAAAGAUGGUAUUAACGAAAAAGUUGAUAGUAUAAUUUUUAUUCGCUGUUAUAGUUUAGAAUGUCGUAAUGAUGAAAAUGUAAAUAUGGCUGAAAUAUGAAAUUUAUAUAACGAUUCAAAAUUUAUUUGACGAUUUUAAAACUGAUUGACCGAUAUUCAUUAGCCUUCAAAUAAAAACACUCGUAGAAGCACGGAAUAAGCAAUACGAAAAGUUACAAUGUUAGGAAUACACUAUGAUUGAUGAAACAGCUUAGAGGUAGUCAGAUAACUGAUGAUGACUGACAGAACGAACCUCGGAGGAUAAUCUCACGUCUCGACGCACUAAUCCUAUUGACCUUCGUUAUUGUCUGAAACGGAUAAUUUAUAGAUAGUGUAGGACUGUUUAAUUCUAGCUCUAGGACAGGUAGGAUCGAUGGUAUUUAAACAGCUGUCCUUAAUCUAUUGCUCUGGAUGAAAUUGUAUGAGAAGCCACUUCAAUA